UAAGUCCCCGGGACCGGGCUGGGCACGGGGGGGGGGAGGGGAGAGGAUGGGGGUGCUUCUCUCUGUGUCCCAAACAAAGUGUCACAAAGAGCUCGGCCCGCGGCAGCCGCGGAGGCGGCUGUAACUCUGCUUUUGUUCUCCUGGCCCGGGGUAGCUGAGCUCUGGCCUCCCUAUGUCCCAACCCUGCCCCCAUCGUCCUCCUUGAUUAUUUUCCGCGGGUGGAGUGUGGGGUGUGCCGGUGGAGCCCCUCGUGCGAGAGCACAGGUCCUGCUCUGCCUACCAGUUUUCGAGAGGGAUAUUCUCCCAGAGGGUCAACCACCCACCUUCCAGCCUGGGAACUCAGGCUCUUACAGGCACUAACACUGACUUUUUUUAAGGGCCAGUUCUACUUAGAGGGAUUUAAGGCUGUAGAUAUGCCGUCUCUCUCCCACCCCCCUCUGCCCCAGCUCGGGCUCCUCAGAACUUUCAGAAUCGGGGUCAAGUUAGGACAUGCUAGAACUUGGGUCUGGGAGAAGAUUGUGUGCGGGGGUUGUGCCUCUCUCUCACCUCUCAAUAGUUAUUUGGGAGCCCAUGACUGAAAUUUCAUGCCCCCCUAUCCCUUUUUCAAGAACUCUAAAAAGUGUCGAGGUUCAGUGUAGUGUGUAUUUGAAGCAGCUUUCAGAGCAGUGGGGUUCAGAGAGCCACGGAGAGAACGUAAAGUGAGUUGUUGGUCUGUGUGUGUUCUCCGGGUGGUCCUGACUCCGCACAGUCUAAUAGCCCCCUUUCGAUUUAAUCUCAUCUGUCGAAGUGGCUCAUAUUCAUUAGCUGAUUUAGGAGAGGGGAAAUUGCCGACAAGGAAAAAAAUUCAUGUGUUGGGGAUGACCAGGGGCAGAGGCCUACUUACAGCUAGGCCCCAGAGACCCUAAUCCUUUGCUACUGAACACUUGACCUUAAAACAUUUUGAAUCACAAGAUUUGGGGUGGGGGAAUCUUCUUGGUCCUAGAUUUAGCUGAUUCUUCUGUAAGUCUCUAACCACCAUCCUCCGCAGGAUUUGGGGGUCCUACCUUUCCGCAUCAGCUCUCCUAGGGUGUAAAGUAAUUGGCCUGUUGCUUAGGAAAUACUUCUCAUGCGUACCUCUGGCCCUGCAUCCUGCAAAGAUACACACAGGAGCAAGAUAACCCCUGAUUCCCCCUGGGUCUGGAAAGUAGGUCACUGCUACUCCCUGGCCCGGGCUCAGGGAUGGUGUUUAAGCCUUGAGUGUAGAAAAAUGCGAGGCUUGUCCACAGACAAUACAUGUCUGACUUAGGUUGCAAACCAGGUCACACUCUGUCUCUGUUGGUACCCUCCCCUAUCGAGAGCAAUUUAUGAGAUCCGGUGCCUGAGACCUGGUUUGAUGAAGAUGACGGAAGCCAUCUUGACUGGGCCUCGGAGGUCUCCGUGGAUUUUACUGAUUUCAGGCCACCUUCUGGGAAACUUCCCCUGAGGAGAAAUUCAACUUCCAUCUGGGCCUUCUUGUGUGCCACUGCUCCAUCCUGGGAACUGCUACUGCAGUGUGGUUGGUGUUGCUCAGGGAAGGAGGAGGAAGCCGUGCCCUGCUUCUGCUCCUUUUGCCUCAGAUAUAAGCCAUUUUCCUAGGAGACAUUUUGUUUAGUGUUUUACAGGCAUUAUUCUAGGGCCUAGCGUCUUCUCAGGAUCAGAAUAUGCGCCCAUAGGUUAGUCAGCUAUGACCAUGCAAUAUUCACACACACACACACACACACCCCUCCCAGCCAUCUGCUUCCUCUGAAUAUACCAGAUUGGCUGUACACCAGGAUGUUCCGGGAAUCCCCAGGAAAGCAACAGAAUGUGAUGGACUCAAAUACGAUACCUCAGUAACUCAUUCCAGGAUGUACCAACUGUAACUGUUAUGACAGUCUGUAUAGCUAAUUAAAAUUUUUCUAGGUAUGUGCAUUUUCUAUUCUAUUUUCAGUGGCAUCCAAAAGGCCACAGUCAUUCCCCUGAUACCCCUCCAUGGUUUCUCUGACACUCUAUACUUCCUAAAUAGGAUUUUUUUUUCCUCAUCCACUAGUUUCUGUGUCCUCUCUUUGGUGGGCACACUGCCUCUCUAACACUGCCCAGUUGUGUCUGUGAUUCUGAGGUGGCCAAAGUGGUGUCUCUGGUAGCCCACUGCACUCUCCAUGGUACUGAAGGAGUGGCUAUUUGUUUAACAUUUCUUGGGGGCCAGAAGAGUGUUGUGACUUAAAACCACACAACUUUCAAGUUGGCAGGGACUACAAAUGUAAAUUUAUUGUAAUUCAUUUCAUAGACCGUAAACUGAGAGAUGAGGUGACUUAUUCAUGGUUGUAAGACAUAGACUUACAAUGGCCUUGUACCCCUUAGUAUCUAACUCACCUUUAUGCAACUUUGAGUGAGGCUGGUCAGGCUGUUGGUCCCAGGAAAGGGUUUAUUUGGAGGCUCCAUAGGACAAGAGUGGCUGAAUUUGGAGCUGCAGAAACACACAUGUUAAGUGGUCGUCUAGAGAUGCUUGGGCAGGACAUUUUUUUAAUUUGUCUGUUAAUGCUCCAAGGUCAGAUUCCGCAUGUAACAGGUGUCUGCCCCUCCGUAGAGUCUUGCCACUCGGCUCAGUGCUGAAAAUUAAUGCAGCUUCGAAGCCCCAGAGUUGUCUUUGCUGAUAAGCAGGGAUAACUCCUGGCCCAGUUUGCUUCAAUUAAAGAUUUGUAAGCAAAGUAAGGCUUGAGUUCUUUUCUUUCCUAGUAACCCAUUUCAGUUUCAUAAUUCUCACGGCAAGGAAGUUCUUUAUCAAAUAUUAUGUCUGAGGUUAAAUUAAAGAAAGCUAGGCCCAAGUUCAUCUGGGCUGAACAAGAUACAGUUCUGUAUGGAAGGAGGAAGGUAGUUACGACUUCUGGCCAUCCACUGAAGUCUAAUUCCUGACCCUGUCAGCCGUGAAAUGGCAGGAGAACCUUCUCCUCACCAUCCUCUUCCCUGCCCUGUGCAGCACUUGUCAGGGAUAGGGAAUUUUAGAUGGAGAAUUUUAACCCCUUCCUGCUCAGAGUAUGUGUGGAUCCCCCUAUCUGUGCAGAUGGCAAGGCCCCGCCCCCCGUCCCUCACUCCAGCCUCUUGAGCUCAGAGCCAGUGUAAUCCUCCUCUUGUGUGAGGAAGCCUCUCCCCUGCAGAGAGGAGGAAAGCCUGCCUCGGAACAGCUCUGGACAAAGGGGCUGAGAUGCCCCAUCAAACCACAGGCUCCAAGGUUUGAAACGGGGUGAAACCUAAAUGGGAUUUGCAGUUUAAACCCCUUGCCUAGGCUGGUAGUGCCCCUUAACUUCCACGCCUCCCCCAACUCUCUUCACUCCCUCUGUAGCUGGCUCUCCCUCCAUGCCCCUCCCCCUCUGUCUCCAGACUCUGCUGCUGGGAGGUGUUUCUCUCCCAUGCAUGAAUGAGUCUCUGUAAUGAAUGGAAAUGAAUGGAUCAGGAAUCCGGGAAGGGGGAGGGGGAGGAGGAAAGACCAGAAGACUGGGUGCCGGCAGAAGCUAGGAAGAGGAACCUGGAGGGAUUUGGCCGGCUGGCCCCGGGUCUGAGAGGAGCUGGUACCACUUGGAUAAUAGGAGUAUGGCUAGCCCUCCGCAUUUGUUUAUCCAGUGGCACAGCCCCGUGCGAGUGGAAGAGGGGUAUACUAUGAUGGCCUCCCACAUCGUGUGUGUGCUGGGGGGUGAUGGUGGUUCUGGACUAGGUGUUUAAAACAUCAUUUGGGGGCGGAGCUCUGGGUUUGUCAUACAGAUUGGCAGGUCAAGGGGUGCAAGUUUUGAAGACAGCAAAUAGGAAGCAUGUGAUACCUCAAGAUCCACGUAGGAAGAAGGGAUGGGUUUUAAGAAUACAGGCUGCAAAGUGGGGUGACUUUACUGCUGAGAGCCAGGGCUCAUCUUUCCUCCGAUCAAUCUGUCUUGUUUUAGCACCUCCGCACCUGUUGCCUCCAUUAGCAGCUUUCCUUCCUCCUCCUUCCAAUCCUCAGAACCAAAGAAUGUGAAGGGGGUCCAUGGAGGGCUCACGUCCCCGCAUCUUGGUCGGCCACCUAGAGCCUUCCCCGCCAGCUUUCGACGGCGAACUGGAUCUGCAGCACUACUCCAACGGACCAGGUGUGAGCGCCGGGUCUCCUGGGAUGGGAGCAGUGGGCUGGUCUGAGACUCGUGCAGGUGAACGGCGAUUCCCCUGUCCUGUGUGCGGAAAGCGAUUCCGAUUCAAUUCCAUCCUGGCUUUGCACCUGCGAGCACACCCGGGCGCCCAAGCCUUCCAGUGCCCACACUGUGGCCACCGAGCAGCUCAGCGGGCUCUGCUUCGCUCACAUCUUCGAACGCACCAGCCCGAGCGCCCACGAAGCCCUGCUGCACGGCUGUUGCUGGAGUUGGAGGAACGCGCCCUGCUCCGUGAAGCCCAACUGGGGAGAGCCAGAAGCUCAGGGGGCAUGCAGGCCACCCCUGCUGCAGAGGGCCUGGCGCGCCCUCAGGUUCCUUCUUCGUCUGCCUUCCGUUGCCCUUUCUGCAAAGGCAAGUUUCGCACCUCCGCGGAGCGGGAACGCCACCUGCAUAUUCUGCAUAGGCCCUGGAAGUGCAGCUUGUGCAGUUUUGGUUCCAGCCAGGAGGAGGAGUUGCUGCAUCACAGUCUGACGGCCCAUGGGGCUCCCGAGCGCCCCCUGGCGGCUACUUCUACACCCGAGCCCCAGCCUCCACCCCAGCCAGAACCCAGGUCUGCCCUUGAGCCUGAGCCAGAGCCUGAACCUAGGCCAGAGCCUGAACGGGAGGCAAACCCUACCCCGACUCCUGCACCUCCGGAGGAACCCCCGGCGCCACCUGAAUUCCGUUGCCAGGUGUGCGGUCAGAGCUUCACACAGUCCUGGUUUCUCAAGGGUCACAUGCGCAAGCACAAGGCCUCCUUUGAUCAUGCAUGCCCUGUGUGUGGCCGCUGCUUCAAGGAGCCCUGGUUCCUUAAGAACCACAUGAAGGUGCACACCAGCAAACUGGGUCCUUUGCGUGCCCCGGGGCCUGGCUCUACUCCUGCCAGGGCCCCUCAGCCUCCUGACCUGAGCCUGUUGGCUUAUGAGCCACUAGGCCCUGCGCUUCUCCUGGCCCCAGCGCCCACCCCAGCUGAGCGCCGAGAGCCCCCAAGCCUCUUAGGCUACCUGAGUGUGCGAGCUGGGGAAGUACGACCCAAUGGUGAGGGUGCUGACCCUGGAGCAGGCCGAAGCUAUGGGGGAUUCCGCCCGCUGCCUUCAGCUCUUCCCAAUCGGGCUCGGCGGCACCGUACAGACGAACCGGAGGAGGAAGAAGAGGUGGUAGAGGCAGAAGAGGAGAGCUGGGCCCGGGGCAGGUCGCUGGGCACUCUGACUUCCCUGCAUCCCCACUCAGGUGAGGGGUCAGGACAGUCUGCACCUGCCGUGGGGGCCCAGGCAAGAUCUACAGCCACCCAAGAAGAAAAUGGGCUGCUGGUUGGAGGGACCCGAUCCGAAGCUGGCCGCGGGGCCACUGGCAAGGACUGCCCCUUCUGUGGAAAGUCUUUCCGCUCGGCACAUCACCUGAAAGUGCAUCUUCGCGUGCACACAGGUGAGCGUCCCUACAAGUGUCCACAUUGCGACUAUGCAGGCACCCAGUCGGGCUCGCUCAAGUAUCACCUUCAGCGUCACCAUCGAGAGCAGAGGAGCAGCGCAGGUCCUGGACCUCCUCCAGAACCCCCGCCCCCUUCCCCGCGGGGCUCAGCCUCACUGCAGCCGCAGUCGGGAGCCAAACCAACUCAGGCCUCUGCCACCUGGGUGGAGGGCGCUGCGAGUACCAGGCCUCUUUCGAGCAGCACCGGACCAGGGUCCCGAAGAAAGCCUGCCAGCCCUGGGAGGACCCUGCGUAACGGGAGAGGUGGUGAGGCCGAGCCCCUGGACCUGUCCCUACGGGCAGGCCCAGGAGGUGAGGCCGGGUCAGGGGGUGCCCUUCACCGCUGCCUCUUCUGCCCCUUUGCCACUGGAGCUCCUGAGCUCAUGACCUUGCAUCUGCAAGUACACCACAGCCGUCGAGCCCGGGGCCGCCGGCAGCCCCGAGCUGACACAUCUCCACCCUAUGUCCGAGCACCGUCAGGAGAGACACCUCCCAGCCCGCCACUAGAAGAGGAGGGCAGCCCAGGGCUGUCUAGAUCUGGAGAGGCAGGUCUUGGGGGGCAAGAACGGUAGGAGUGCCCUCUUAGGAAUGAUUAGCUUAGUAAGCUUACCCCGCAGGAGCGGGGAAGCGCUAGAGGUAGUUGGGUAGAGCAGCCAGCAGGGAGCAGUGUGGGACCCGUACCCCAGCCCAAGGUGGACCAAGAGGUAAAGAGGGCAGUGGGUGAAGGACGGUGGGCAGGCAGUAUCCACCCAGCCCAGGGGAGUCACAGUGCCUUAGAAGUGGCAGAGGUGAGGGUCAGAGAACGGGGUCCUAGGGCUGGUAGAGGAUGCGCUCCUGCUGAGGAGCCGCCCUGCCAGCCUCCGCUGGUCCAUAGGCUCGAGAGUUUAUUUUUGUAUAAGGGGUGGGGGUGGGGGGCACUGUACCCUUCUAGCCCUGUCAGGGGCCCUGUAGACGUUGCUAUUUUUGGUACGAUUCCUGUCAUCCCUGUUGAAGAGUCAUGUCCCCAAUAAACAGGUGUCUUGAGGCACAAGG